GGACGUGCGUCUUUUGAUGGUCUGAAGCCGACUCCCCUUCUCUUCCUCCUCCUCCUCUCGCACAAAUUUAUAAAGAACAAAACUCGCUCUGGGGAGGGGGUUGAUACGCUGAAGCUGAAAUCGAGAGGCGAACCCAGGAAAGAGGAGUAUUUUGUACACGGGACUUUCCCCUCCUUCGUCCCUAAAAAGGAGGGGGAAAAGUCGGAUUUUGAAAACGACGAAAUAGACGAGCCUUGUUAAUAGGCGACGACGCCUAUCUUUGUGGAUAUAUAUAAUAUUUUAACUGGUAAAAUUAUGGCUGAGAACGUUCUGGAGUCUGGCCCGCCUUCAGCCAAGAGGCCUAAACUAUCCUCUCCGGCACUUUCUGCCUCCGCCAGCGAUGGAAACGACUUUGGCUCACUCUUUGACCUGGAGCAUGACCUCCCAGAUGAGCUGAUCAGCUCCUCUGAGCUAGCUGUGGCAAAUGGAGGUGACCUGGGGCAGCUCCACACCAGCCUGGGUGGAGGUGGCGCAACAGUCAGUGGGCUUGGAGGGGUCAGCACUCCUGGCCAAGACGCAGCUGCCAAGCACAAACAACUCUCUGAGCUGCUCCGAUCAGGAGCGCCACCUGUAGCAGCGCAACAGCAGCAAGGAGGCAGUCCAGCUGGGGCAUCUAUGGGGCUUAUGGGGAGCAUGAAGGCAUCUCCAGGACCCCAGAACAUGGUGCCUCAGGGGCAGCAGCACCUCUCCCCUCAGGCCAACCUGAUUCAGCAGCAACAGAUGGCAGGGAUGGUGGGUGGCAUGAACAGAACUAUGCUUGUACCUCAGAAAGGUAAUGGUCAGCAGCAACCAGGGGCACCUACACCUCAGCAGCAAGGCAUGAUAGGAGGACAGAUGAUGAAUGGCACACCCAGAAUGGGCUACCCCAGUCCAGGCAUGGGCAGUAACAGUAACUUGCUGGCUGAGACCCUGCAGCAACAGGCAGGAGGAGGUCAGGGUGGACUUAGAGCACAACAACCUGGAGCAUUAAACAAGAUGGGGAUGAUGGGAGGUGCAGGCACCUAUGGAGGUCCUUAUAAUCCAAAUGCAAGUCAGAGUAGUGGAGGGCUUGCCCCGCAGCUCCUGAACAAAUCAGGUUUGCCCAACAGCUUGACCCAAUUCAGCAUGGACAAAAAAACCCAGCCCAUGGCAGGCAUGCCGUCCAUGGCUUCCCAACAGUCAACAGCCGGUGGGGCUGCAGGGAUGGCACCUAAUGCCCAGGGAGGGGUUGGUCCGUCAUCAGCCACGUCAGUAGGAGCAGGAGUUCCUCCAACAGCUGACCCUGAAAAGCGUAAACUCAUACAGCAGCAGCUGGUUCUCCUGCUUCAUGCUCACAAAUGCCAGCGGCGGGAGCAAGCUAAUGGGGAGAUACGACCAUGCAACCUGCCCCACUGCCGCACUAUGAAGAACGUCCUCAACCACAUGACGCACUGUCAGGCUGGCAAAUCCUGCCAGGUGGCACACUGUGCCUCAUCACGACAGAUCAUCUCCCAUUGGAAGAACUGUACACGGCAUGACUGUCCUGUGUGUUUGCCACUGAAGAAUGCAGGAGAUAAGAGGAAUCAACAGUCCCUACUAAGCACUGCUAAUGUGGGCUUAGGUACCGCUUUGGGUACUGCAUCAGGUGGCCCACACAAUGCUCCCAAUCUUAACACUCCGGGUCAGAUAGACCCCAGCUCUAUUGAGCGAGCCUAUGCAGCUCUGGGACUUACCUACCAGGCUAGCCAGGCACCCUCUCAGCCUGCCCAACAAACAUCUAGACCACUCAACACUAUGGGUGGGAAUCCAAUGGGUGUGAAUGUGGCUGGACACCAACAGCCCCAGUCUCAACCAGCUAACCUUCUUCAAGAUCCUAUGCUACAUGUCAGCAUGAAUGCUCAAAAUCUGUUGAAUGAUAGUGGUGUUGGCAGUAUGGGCUCACUACCUGUGGCCAGUUCAGCUGCUAGUGCUGGCAUGAGAAAGAGUUGGCAUGAGGACAUCACCCAGGAUCUACGCAACCAUCUCGUCCACAAACUCGUCCAGGCCAUUUUCCCUACCCCAGAUCCAGCUGCACUGAAGGACCGGCGCAUGGAGAAUCUAGUGGCUUAUGCUCGUAAAGUAGAGGGAGACAUGUAUGAAUCUGCAAACAACAGGGCAGAGUACUACCACUUGUUAGCAGAGAAGAUCUACAAGAUACAGAAGGAACUAGAAGAGAAGCGCCGGAUGAGGUUGCAGAAACAGGGUAUGAUGCCCACUCCGCCUGGAAUGCCUCCGACUGGGAUGCAGCAGGGAUCCCCUAGCAUGGGGCAGCAAGGACCACCAACAGGACUACCCCCCAAUGGCCCUCUAUCUGAUCAAACGAUGGUGCGGCCUGCUGGACCAAACCCAAUGGUUAACAGGAUGCAGAACCCUGCUGGAAUGAGUCCAUUUAAUCAAAUGCCCAGGGGUCAGAGAUCCACUCCUCCUCUUCCGCUUGGUACGCCCCUCAACCAGAUGCCUAUGGGGCCUACAAGGAUGGCGCCACCUAAUGUUGCACAAAUGCAGAAUCAGUAUCUACCAUCUGGCCAGUUUCAGGGUUCAGGCCCAAUGCUUGGUACUGGGCCGGCUGGUAUGGCACAGCCUGGCUCUCAAGGUGGCAUUGCUCAGCAUGCUCCAAUUCCAACACCACCGUCACUGCCAGCCAGUAGUCCUUUAGCCCAGUCUGCCUCUGUUGGGGGAGUGAGUAGUGGGGCGUCAGUGGGCUCUCUUGGCCCGAACAAUGGGGUUGGAGUGCCUCCAUCAUCCACCCCCUCGCAGUCCAUCAGCCUGUCACACUGUCCAGCUGUUCGACAGAGUUCUCCCUCUCCAGCACGCAGUCGCACACCCACUCCACACCUUACACCGCCUCCAAGCCUACCAGGUUCACAGACUCCACAGCCUCACACCCCCAGUUUGCCCCACUUAAACCUGGGUGCUGGUCAGCAGCAGCUACCUCAGCCUGCUAACACUGACAAAGCUAUGCAACUACAGCAGCCAUUAGGAGGGCCUCCCUCAACACCAAACGCUUCUCUUGCGCCUCAGCAUCCACCCACUCCACUGUCUCAGAAGGGCUCUCUGCCAGCAGAUGGCCAGGCUGCUACUCCUGCUUCUGUAAGCAGUGUUGAGGCAUCUUCCCAGCAGGUACCCUCAGAUGUUACUGCCCCCCUUGAGCCAAAGGUAGAGCAUGAGGAUGAGGAGGAAGAGGUGGAGGAGGAAGAGUCAAUGAUUGGAGGAAGAACUGGAAAGAAAGGAGACAUAAAGGCUGAGGAAAAGCCUGAGAUAAAGAAGGAAGAGCCAUCAAGUGAAGGGUGUAGAAGUAUUCCCAUGGAAACAUCUAUGGCAGCAGGAGAUGACAAGAAGCCUGAACUGAAGACUGAGCCUAAAGAUGAUGACCUUGGUUCAGGCACACCUGGGACUCCAGCUGGAAUACCUAAUAAAAAGAAACUCUUCAAACCUGAGGAGUUGAGACAGGCCCUAAUGCCCACGCUGGAGUCUCUUUAUCGUCAGGACCCCGAGUCUCUCCCCUUCCGCCAGCCUGUCGAUCCAUCACUCCUUGGAAUACCUGAUUAUUUUGACAUAGUAAAGAAUCCUAUGGACUUGUCAACUAUAAAACGUAAACUUGACACAGGCCAGUAUCAGGAGCCGUGGCAAUAUGUGGAUGACAUUUGGCUCAUGUUCAACAAUGCCUGGCUUUACAAUCGCAAGACAUCACGGGUGUACAAGUACUGCUCCAAACUGGCCGAGGUGUUCGAGCAAGAGAUAGACCCUGUCAUGCAGAGCCUUGGUUAUUGCUGUGGGAGAAAGCGGGAAUUCUCCCCUCAAACUCUGUGCUGCUAUGGAAAGCAGCUUUGCACUAUACCACGAGAUGCUGCUUACUUUAGUUACCAGAACAGGUACCACUUCUGCGAGAAGUGUUUCAACGAGAUCCAGGGUGAAAGUGUGUCCCUAGGGGAUGAUCCAUCCCAGCCUCAGACAUCCAUCAACAAGGACCAGUUUGAAAAGAAGAAGAAUGACAUGCUUGAUCCCGAGUUAUUUGUGGAGUGUAUGGACUGUGGGCGUAAAAUGCAUCAGAUCUGUGUUCUGCACAAUGACACUAUUUGGCCUAUGGGCUUUGUUUGUAGCGACUGUCUGAAAAAGUCCAACAAGACCCGCAAAGAGAAUAAAUAUUCUGCUAAAAGGCUGCCGCAGACUAAACUGGGAAACUUCUUAGAAGUUCGUGUUAAUGAUUUUCUGAAGCGCCAGAACCACCCAGAGUCUGGUGAAGUCACUAUUCGUGUUGUCCAUGUCUCUGACAAAGUGGUAGAAGUCAAACCAGGAAUGAAGUCCAGAUUUGUGGACAGUGGUGAGAUGCCAGAGUCCUUCCCGUAUAGAUCAAAAGCUCUGUUUGCCUUUGAGGAUAUUGAUGGUGAUGAGGUCUGCUUUUUUGGCAUGCAUGUGCAGGAAUACAGCUCUGAUUGUCCACACCCCAAUCAAAGACGGGUAUACAUAUCCUACUUGGACAGUGUUCACUUUUUUCAGCCACGUUGUUUAAGAACAGCAGUGUACCAUGAGAUUCUUAUUGGGUAUCUGGAGUACGUCAAAAAAUUAGGGUUUACUACAGGCCACAUUUGGGCUUGUCCUCCCAGUGAGGGAGAUGACUACAUCUUUCACUGUCACCCGCCAGACCAAAAGAUACCCAAGCCGAAGCGACUACAGGAAUGGUACAAGAAGAUGCUGGAUAAAGCUGUGGCAGAGCGCAUUGUGCAUGACUAUAAGGACAUCUUCAAGCAGGCGACAGAGGAUCGCCUCACUAGUGCCAAAGAGCUGCCUUAUUUUGAGGGUGACUUCUGGCCCAAUGUGCUCGAAGAGAGCAUUAAGGAGUUGGAGCAGGAGGAAGAGGAGAGAAAACGGGAGGAGAACAGUACUUCUAGUGAAAGUGUAGAUGCUACAAAGGGUGACAGCAAGAAUGCCAAGAAAAAGAACAAUAAAAAGACGAGCAAGAACAAGAGCAGUCUGAGCCGAGCCAACAAAAAGAAACCAGGGAUGCCAAAUGUGUCAAAUGACCUGUCUCAAAAACUUUAUGCCACUAUGGAGAAGCAUAAAGAGGUGUUCUUUGUCAUCCGGCUGACUGCUGGGCCCAAUUCCAAUGCUCUUCCACCAAUCAUGGACCCUGAUCCAUUAAUGGCAUGUGACCUGAUGGAUGGGCGAGAUGCUUUCCUUACACUGGCACGGGACAAACACCUGGAGUUUUCCUCAUUAAGGCGGUCCAAAUGGAGUUCCAUGUGUAUGCUGGUAGAACUGCACAACCAGAGCCAAGAUCGAUUUGUCUAUACCUGUAAUGAAUGCAAACACCAUGUUGAGACGCGCUUCCACUGCACUGUAUGUGAGGACUAUGACCUUUGCAUUACUUGCUACAAUACAAAGGGUCAUGAGCACAAGAUGGAGAAGCUGGGCCUAGGUCUGGAUGAUGAGAGCAAUAGCCAAGCUGCAGCCUCCAUGCAGAGUCCUGGUGACUCACGCCGUCUGAGCAUUCAGCGUUGCAUUCAGUCUCUAGUACAUGCUUGCCAGUGCCGCAAUGCCAACUGCUCACUUCCAUCCUGUCAAAAGAUGAAAAGAGUGGUUCAGCACACCAAGGGCUGCAAGCGCAAAACCAAUGGUGGUUGCCCAAUCUGCAAGCAGCUUAUUGCACUUUGCUGUUACCAUGCUAAACACUGCCAAGAGAACAAGUGUCCUGUGCCUUUCUGCCUAAACAUCAAGCAGAAAUUGCGUCAGCAGCAGCUCCAGCACCGGCUUCAGCAAGCUCAGAUGCUUCGGAGAAGGGUGGCUAGUAUGCAAAGAACAGGCCAACCACUAAUUGGUGGAAAUGAAGGGUUGCCAUCACCCAGCAACAAUGGUACUACUGGCCCUGGGACACCCACACAAAGUACUCAACCUCCUGCCCUACAGCCGCCUACUCAGCAAUGUCCUACUCCUGUCCCCCAGCCUGGAGUUGCAGGAGGUCCUCAGCAACAGCAACAACUUGGGGGAAUGGUGCAACAGCAUCAAUUUCAGCAGCUACCUACCAGUGGUGGGAUGAACUCUCCACAGCAACAAAUGGUUCAACAGCCGCCGCCGCCGCCGCCACCACAGCCUCCCUCAGUACAGCAGCUUCAGCAUCCCAAUAACCUUCCUCCAUAUGUGCAAAGACCUCCAGGUUCCUCUCCACUUUCUCAGUCUAUUGGGAAACCUGGCAUGGGCCCAGCCAGUCUUCCCCAGCAAAAACAGUCAAACCCAAGUCAGUCAGCAUUUUCAUCACAGCAGCCCUCUGGUGCUCCUCCUGCAGCCCUGGAAAUGGCCUUGAAGAUUCAGCGAGUGGCAGAGACUCAAAGGCAAAUGGCUAAACAAAAAAGCCUGCAGAUAAAUCAAGGACCAGGAAUGAUUGCUCCACACACUCUGCACCAGGGCCCUCAGACCCAAAACCCAAUGGGUCUGAGCCAUCCUGGAGCAGGGAUGGUGGGGCCCCAGGGACAAUCCACUGUCACCAGGGCUCAAAUGGAGCAACAGCAAAGUGCAGUUGGAGCUGGCAUGCAGCAACAAGGUGGGCCUCAGAACCAACUUCCGCCUCCGGUGCAAAUGCCACAAGCUCCACAGGGUGGGCCUCAGCUCCAGCCUCCACAACAGCAGUGGGGAACCCCUGGCAUACCCCCUCAGCAGCGACCGGGCAUGUUGAGCCAAAUGGGUCAUGCAGGAAUGGUUGCUGGGCAACAACCCCAGCAAGUGGUGCAGCAGCAGCUUCCCCAACAACAGGGGCAACCAACAGCAAUGGGUAUGAUGGGUGGCCCAGGUGGGGCUAUAAAUCCAGGGGCUGGCAAUGGAGGGCUCCUUCAAAGUGCAUUGCAAGACCUUCUUAGAACACUGCGUUCCCCUAGUUCCCCCCUUCAACAGCAGCAGGUCCUGAAAAUCUUGCGCUCAAAUCCUCAGCUUAUGGCAACAUUUGUCAAGCAGCGUGUGCCAAAAUACCUUGGAAGAGGUGGGCCUGGUGCUGGAGGUGCAGGCCCAGCAGGCAUGGAAAGCCAACAGCUAAAUGUAAAUACAGGGGGCAGUCAACCAGGUAUGCACCUGGGUCAAGGGACCGGGAUGCCCUCCACAAACCCACUUCAACAGCAACAACAGCUUCAGCAGCGUUCCCUUAUGGGUGUGAAUAUGCAGCAGCAAAUGGCUUUGCAGCAGCAACAUGGUGUUAUGCCUGGUCAAGGCUCAAACAUCACUGGUAUGUCUCCCCAGUUCAAAGAAUUAAUGAGGAAACAUUUGCAGCAGCAGCAGAUGGGAAACCUUGGUCAAUUUCAGCAUCCCCCGUCACAACAGCAGCAAGGUUAUCUUGGCCAGCCUGGGAUGCCACCUCAGCAGCCAGGUCAAGCCCAAGCUGGUGGACUUCCGCAGCAACAGCAAGGAGGCCCACAGGCUGGGCUGCAACAAAAUUAUUCAGGAUCUAUGUCUCAGCAGGUGGCAGCAGCUUUACAACAGAGGUUGCAGCAGCAGCAGAAUGCCAUGGGUGGGCUUCAGGGGAGUGAUAGUAGUAGUUCACUUCAGCAGCAGCAACUACAGCCUCCUCAAGGUGGUCCUCAGCCUUCCCAGGCCAUUAUUCAGCAAGCACUGCACCAACGGCUUCUCCAACAGCAGCAGCACCAGCAUCUGAGUGGUGGGUCUCCUGCUCAGCAUAAUAAUCCCAUGAGCCCUCAACAACCAAUGUCUCAGUCUCCACAUUUGCAGGGCCAACAACUGUCCACUUCGCUUAGCAACCAGGUGCGGUCACCCCAGCCGUCACCACGGCCCCAGUCUCUGCCACCGAACUCUAGUCCAUCUCCUCGCAUGCAACCCCAGCCUUCUCCACACCGUAUCUCUCCUCAAAUCCAAACGGGCUCCCCACACCCUGCUCAUCUUCCCCCACAUCAUACAGGCAUGGUAGCACCUCCACAACAACCACCGCAGACAUCUCAACAGCAACAACAGGCUAAUACUUUGGACCAAGCCCCAUUUGGGUCAGACCAGAAUGCCAUGCUUUCACAGCUCAGUGGAAUGGGGCCUUUACAUGGGCAAGGAACUAAUGACAUGCUGGCUGGCAACAACCAAGACAUGGGGACAAAUAAUCAUAGCUCCUUAGAUUUAAUGUAGCAUUACAGUCCUCAAAACACUUAACAGGAAUGGGUUGCAAUUUUAAAAUUCACUGUUGCUCUCAUUAUUAGUGUUAUUAUUUAAUGUUCUUGAAGUAAAUGAAAAGACUACACCUUCCUAUGGGAGAUACUACAUUAAAUGAGCAAAUUAAUAAAUUAAAUGAAUGGUAAAUUAUUGCUGUUAAUAUAUGCAUAUAUAUUUUUAGCCAAUUGUGUUCAAAGGGUUCUGGGUGAGAGGAUGGGAAUAUUCUCCUUGGUAUUUGACAAGUACUAUUUUUGGGGAUAACUGCCUUUUUAUAAAUAUUUUUUUAAGAUUUUAAAUGCAUAAAAUUAAAGAAAAAAAAACAUGUUAACACAAUAGAUCUUUGUUGUUUUUCCUCCAUACACAUUCAAUAUUGUGCCCGGUUUUGAGUGUUAACUACCAUCAGCAGUUAGUCAUUAAAAGUUCAUUUUUGUUUAUCGUUCUUGUAGACAGAUUGAAGUCCCUACAGCGGCCCCUACUGGACAAUUAUUGGCAUAUUCUGCUUAAAGGGGCUGCAAUUUGUAACGUGUAUAUUUUGUUAGCAGAACAGAGCAAGAAAUUAAUAAAUUUUAUUUCCUGUCUCUUUUUGCUUUUUUUGGGAGGGGGGGGGGUAGUGUUUUGUGAGGGGAAUUUUGGGCUUUGAGUGAAAGUGUAUCCCUUUCCCCCAAUGGCAGAUUGCAUGGGGUACAUUUGUCCUACUAUGCAUGUCAGUUUUGCCACCACCAUAAACCUUGUCCUUUGAAUGUAUACUGCAUUCUGUCUUUUUAUAAUUGGAAUGGUACUAGAACUGCUGACACUACAGAUGUGCUAUAAUCACAGGACACCAGUGCAGUAAUUUCUACCAUGAAGCUUAAACUCUGAGAGAACUUUGAUUUAUCCAGAAAGCAAUCUUAAUGCUCUUUUUGCCGUCUCGAUGUCCUUACUCCUCCUAUCUGUCCGGGAAGGAACUAUUUUCCUGACUCUUCCCCUUUCAGUGCUAAUAACUUUUUUUGGAUUUCAAUCAUCUUUUUCUGACUGUGUAAAGAAAUUCUGGACUUUUUUUGUAAUAAAAUGUACAUGGAACUGGA